AUGCCACUUGAAAGUACCAUUAUUUGUAUUGAUAAUAGUGAUUUUAUGCGUGAUGGCGAUUUUAUUCCAACACGAAUGCAAGCUCAACAAGAUGCUGUGUCACUUAUAUUUCAUGCUAAGACACGUGCAAAUCCAGAAAAUAACGUUGGCUUACUUACAUUAGCUGACGGUCGAGUUGUAACACAAUUGACAAGUGAUGUUGGCAAAGUAUUUUCUAAAUUACAUUUAUUACCAAUGGAAGGCAAAAUAGACUUUUGCAAAGGAAUUAAAGUAGCAAAUUUAGCACUAAAACAUCGUCAAGGUAAAAAUCAUCGACCAAGAAUCGUUGUAUUUAUCGGUAGCCCAUUAGAAGCUGAUGCAGCUGAAUUUAUAAAACUGGCAAAACGUUUGAAAAAAGAAAAAGUUUCUAUUGAUAUCGUUGUGUUUGGAGAUGAGUCAUCCAGAGAAAAAUUUGAUGAAUUUAUAUCAACAAUCAAUGGAAAAGAUAAUACAAAUUCACAUCUGAUAUGUGUUCCAGCAGGUGUCAAUUUACCUGACACAAUAAUUAACACGCCAAUUAUUCAAAGUGAAGAUGGUUCAGGUAUACCAGCUGGUUAUUCAGCUAGUGCAUUUGCAUUUGGUUUAAAUCCAGAAGAUGAUCCCGAACUAGCUAUGGCUCUUCGUAUAUCAAUGGAAGAACAAAGACGUGUGCAAGAAGCUGAAAUUAGUCGACCAAACGGAACCGGUAGUGGAACGGUACUGGCAGGAGGAACAGAGGGAACUGGCACUGACGAUCCAGCAAUGCGACAGUCACUUGCCUUUUUCCUUGGUGAUCAAAAUGAUAUGGAUGUUACACGUUUAACUGAAGAUGAACAAAUUGCAUUGGCUAUUAAAAUGUCAAUGGCGCCGGGUGCAGCCGAUACAACAAAUUCAGCAGACAUUGAAAUGAAAGACAAAGAAGAGUCAACGAUAUCGCCGCCUGCAACAGCUUCGACGGCAAUGGAAACGAAUCAACCAGAAAUUACUCGAACGAAGAUCGAAGAAGAGGAAGAUAAUUUUGCAGCGUCAUUAAAUGAUCCACAAUUUUUACGUGAUGUGUUAAAAGAUUUACCAGGUGUAGACGUCGAUAGUGAUGCUGUGAGAGCAGCAUUAGAACAAGUUCAAACAACAUCAACGAAACCAAAAGAGAGCGACGCAAAAAAAAAGGAUGAAGCCGGGAAAAAAUGA